AUGAGAGUUUGGAUUGGAAGCUGGAAAUCGACCGACAAGAGUGCGAAGACGAAACGGAAGGAGAAAGCUGUAAGUGGCUGACAUAAAGACAUUACAAAGUCAUGUAAUGUAGGUCGCAGGGAAAGUAACAGGCAAAAUUACCUGCUGAAGGAACAAAAUUGGAACGGCACGUCUAAAGUGUCAACGUCUAUCUUUAGCUUUAUGAAAUUCGAACUUGAAUCAGGUCAAUCGUGCAAAAGACGCAUUCAAGACUAUCACCAGGUGUUCGCACCGAGAUUUAGGAAAUUAGGUAACAGAAGAUAACUUAAAAAGUCUGUCAUUUAAAGUCACAAAGGUAAUGCUUUAAAAAGUAGGGGUGGAAAUUAAAAAGUAAAGUAUCUGUACGUAAUUUUAACAGUAUUCAACCUGCGACCAUUUUAAUAACUUGUACGAAAAAGGAACGUCAUCAUAACACGACAUUUAAGAUUCGAAAACAUUUAGCGGUGUUUUUAUAUCUGGAGACCUGUAGAAGCGCGAAUAAAGAACAUUUUCCGCAACGAUCAGGUCAGCGCAGCUUCAAGAACAAACAACAACCAUAUGAAGAAGGAGGAUUCGAACUCUCGGAUCCCCAAACGGCUAGCCAACACUUGAUGAUGUCAGGUGUUGCAACCGCAUAAAAGUAAAAAGCAAUGUGAUCUGGUUCUACUGUACCCGAGCAGAUGAGUCGAAUCGCUCCUCCUAUUGUGUUUUUUGUGAUGCGCAUUCGCGCUCACCGAAAACCGGUUGUGGCGUCGGCAUUGGCGCCACAAACUCGGCAACCUCGAGCUCGCGGCACUGGGAGCGACGACCUUCAAGGUGCCCCGAUGAACUCUCCAGACGUACAGCCUCAGGGCCUCUCUUGA